GCCACUUCCCGCUACGCCGCUGGCCGGACACACGGCGCGCGCGUUCCCGCCGAGCCCGGAGGAGAACUGAAGCGCCGCGCCGGCGGGGGGCACGCGGUGUGCCUCGCGCCGCUGCUGGGGUGACCGCGAAGCUGCGAAAGCGGAGAGGCGGCGAUGCGCCCCGAAGAGCCGGGAACGCGGGCAGGAAGAGCGGGGCGCCCCUGAGCCGAGCGGCGGGGCGGGAAGGAAGGAGCAGCUGCGCUACAGAGAAGAAGUGCUCGCAAACCCACCGUCUUCAUCUGACAAGCCCUAUAAUGUUGGAUGGUGUCAUGAUUCUCCUCCUCGUCGCAAUGCUGGUCUUUGCUGCCGCCAGCCUCGAGGAUAAGGAGGUCCAGUUUGAGUGUGCUUGUGAGGGGGAGCAGUGUGCUGGGGCGGGCCGCUGUUUUGGCCAUCAGUGCUUCACCUCAUACUCUGUCCAGGCGGGAAAGUCGCUCCUCCAAAGGGGCUGCGUGGCAGGGUCUGAGGAGAGGGCCGUUGUCUGCGGCAGCCCCAAGUCCUCCAGCCCUCGGUUUCAGUGCUGCCGUGGCCACCUUUGCAACGUGAACUCCACCAUGGAAGCGUCCGCCACAGUGUCCCGCUCAGGUCAGGAGAUGCGCCACGAUUUCCAGGAACACCAAUGUGUAUGUGAAGGGCACUCGUGUGUCAGCGGUGACCGCUGCUGGGGACAGCAGUGUUUCUCUUCACUGACAAUGAGCAACGGCAUUCAGGUCCAUCAAAAAGGAUGCUUCAAAGAGUACGAGCAGAGCAGACUCAACUGCAAGACCCCGCCAUCCUCCGGGCAAGUAGUGGAAUGCUGCCAGGGUCACCUGUGUAACCUGGAUGUGGUUGUGGAGCUGCCUGUCCAAGAAAUGUCAGGUGGCGGCGAUGUGCCAUACAGUGUGACCACCCUGACCCUUGUCAUCGUCGGCCCCAUCGCUGUGCUUAUCCUGCUGUCUGCACUUGCCGUCCUGGUGUUUCAGCGGCUCCAUAGGAGCCAAAUGGAGAGGCUGACGGCACGGGAUGCGGAGUACGGCACUGUCGAUGGCCUCAUCGCUUCCAAUGUUGGAGAGACCACGCUCGCAGAUUUGCUGGAUCACUCGUGUACUUCAGGAAGUGGCUCUGGGCUCCCCUUCUUCGUGCAGAGGACCGUUGCACGACAGAUCACACUCAAUGAGUGUGUGGGGAAAGGGCGCUACGGAGAGGUGUGGAGAGGGCAGUGGCAGGGGGAGAGCGUGGCUGUUAAGAUCUUUUCCUCAAGAGAUGAAAAAUCCUGGUUCCGGGAGACGGAAAUCUACAACACAGUGCUGCUCCGGCAUGAAAACAUUUUGGGGUUCAUCGCCUCGGACAUGACCUCCCGCAACUCCAGCACACAGCUCUGGCUGAUCACGCACUUCCACGAGUUGGGCUCUCUGUAUGACUACCUGCAACAGAGCACACUGGAUGCGGCUGCCUGCCUGCGCAUGGCGCUCUCCGUGGCCAGCGGUCUGGCACACCUCCACGUCGAGAUUUUUGGCACGCAGGGCAAGCCAGCCAUUGCGCAUCGUGACCUCAAGAGCAAGAACAUUUUGGUGAAAAGGAAUGGCCAGUGCUGCAUCGCAGACCUGGGGCUGGCUGUGAUGCAUUUUCAGGACACAAAUGAGCUGGAUGUGGGCAAUAAUCCAAAGGUGGGCACCAAGCGCUACAUGGCCCCGGAGGUGUUGGAUGACACUAUCCAGAUGGACUGCUUCGAGUCCUACAAGAGGGUGGACAUCUGGGCCUUUGGCCUAGUCCUGUGGGAGAUCGCCAGGAGGACAGUCAGCAACGGAAUUGUGGAGGACUACAAGCCACCCUUUCAUGACCUGGUGCCCAAUGAUCCCAGCUUUGAGGAUAUGAGGAAGGUGGUGUGUGUUGACCAGCAGAGGCCCAACAUCCCAAACAGAUGGUUCUCAGAUCCAACUCUAACUGCUGUUGCAAAGCUUAUGAAGGAGUGCUGGUAUCAGAAUCCGUCCGCCAGGCUAACCACUUUGCGCAUCAAAAAGACGCUGACCAAGAUUGACAACUCGCUGGAAAAAAUCAAGGCAGACAGUUGAACAGCCUCUGAGAGGAAGACUGUGAGGCCUCUACGACAACCAGCAGAGUUUCGCCUGACAAUACUGCGAGGGGCUGGUCAGGCGUAAUGCCCUUAUAGUGGCAAAUGCUAUUUAUUUUGAACUCCCGAUGGGAUAUGUUUUGGCAUCCAAAGAUGGCUUAGUGGGCAUUGAAGACUCUUGAUAGCUGGGCAUCAGAGGUGUCCCUCCUUUUAGAAGCUAGGAAUUUUACUAAUGGUAAACAUUCUUCGAGGAAGAAGCAGACGAACUGGGGAACUGGAGUAUUGUGCUUUCUUUAAUAGUCCCUUUUUUUUAAUGGAUUUCUCUUUUUUAAAUAUGUCUUUAAAUGUUUUAUUGCACUAGCGAACUUUGAAUUGCUUGCACUGUGGAAGAAUUCUGAAAAGAACAAUACUUGCCAAAAAUGAAUUUUAUAUCCUACAAAAACUUAAUCUUAGAAUAACUCAGAGGGCGAAAAUAGGUCUAUGUUAGCUACAUUUAGCUACACUUCUUGUACUGGUUUUAACAGUGUUGUUGGCAAAGCUGUUCAAGUUU